AUGGCUUCGGUUCCACAGCUGCAGCCUCUGUCUCAGCAGUCACAGCAGUCACAAGACACGCUGACUUCCAACGAAGAAUUGUACCUUGAGUCGUAUGCAUUUACCACAGCAGCAGCGAUUGUCGGUUCAGUAGACAGAAAGAUCUUUGUGUUGUUGAGAGACGGAAGAAACGUGUUUGGCAUUUUAAGAACAUUUGACCAGUUUGCAAACUUGGUGUUACAGGACACUCUUGAAAGAAUUUACUUGCCUAAGGAGAAUGAACAAGCCCCAGAGAGAUUCGGUGAAGUGCCUAGAGGUGUUUUCAUGGUGAGAGGAGAGAACGUUGUCAUGCUUGGAGAGCUAGAUAUUGAUAGAGAAGACGAUCAUUUGAUGCAAAUGCAGCAAAUUCCAUUCGAGGCUGCCGAGGCAGAGAUGAAGGCCAGAAACACUGCCAGAAUCAAGGAGGAGUCCAGAAAGGCCAAGAACUACUUGAACAGGGGCCUCAUCCACGAUUUCCUGAGAACUGACUUGUACUAA